CGUUACGGUUUUAUAUACAGUGUAAUUGUUUGAAUUUGUAUGUUCAAAUUGUGACAGUUUUGAAUUUUUGAUUAUCAAAUGUUGAAAUGUAUAUACCAUACCUACUUAACGUUUCUUGAUUUUGACAUCUUCCUCCGAUACGGUUCUAUGGCUAAAAGUAACGGAAAUACGACUACUAGUCAGAAGUUCUUGGAUGCAGGAUAAUUUUCAAAUGUAUUAUAAAUACUCGGAAAACAUUCAAAAGUAAACACUACUCACUAGUCACGGAUACAGAUGUGAACAUGGAAAGGUCUUAUGGUAUUGACGAUUAUCAACCAUCAAGAGGCAACGGUUUAGGUUUUGGCCUAGAACCGUCAACAUUUAUAUCGGUACUGGCAUUCCUGGCAUUCCUGCUACACGCGCUAUUAAUACUACUUAUACCGACCCUGAAGUCAUUUUUCACCGGGCCCUUUUUCGGCCACGGGUAUGCCAACGGCAUUGGCUACAGCAAUGGAUUCGGUGGUGGUGGAGGAUUCGGAGGCGGACCCGGAUUCGGUGGCGUGGGCUAUGGAGGUCUGCAGAACGGAGGCUACGGGGCCGGAGGUGGUUUCGGUUACGGAGCCGUUCCGUCCAUAUUGGGUGGCGUCAACGGCAUAUUGGGUACAGGGCUUUUGGGCACGACGGGGUUAUUGGGCACGGGAUUGUCUGGACUAUUUGGUCCAGGAGUUGGAGGCUUAGGGGCGGCGGCACCAGCGGCUGCGGCGGCGGGGACGCCGAUUACCCGUGGCGCGAGCAGGAGUAGAUCAGUCGUCGGUGAAAACCGAACGUGGGUUUCCGAAGACGAAACGCAAGUAAAACCUACAGCUAAAGUAGACGGGUCAACGGGACGAAAUAUAAACGCAAACAGAUUGCUGAGUAAAUGUAAUUUUUACUUUUGUUUACUUGGCAAAACGAAAAUUGAUCAUAUGUUAGUGUUACGAGAACGUAAAUAAUAAUAUUAUAUAUUAACUAUUAAGGAAUAUACCUAACAUAUAUAGUUACAAUGUUAGAUAGAUACCUAUAUAAGGAGUGUCACGACGUGUUUGUCCUCAAACAUUUCAAAUAUAAUAUAUACAUAAAUAUAAUAUACACAAAGGUAUCUGAGUGGCUUUGUUGUCACUCUUCGCAACUAUGUAUAAAUAUAUAUUUUACUCUACUCACCACUCACCAACUCCUGCAGCCAAGACUUACACAACUAUUUGAAUAGGUACCUAGAAAAUGAAAAUUUAUUAUUUUACUUUUGAAAUAUUAUAAGUUAUAACAUAUACCUACAUUUACUGUUUAAAUUGAUUGUAUCAUAUUUAUUAUAAAAACAUCUUUAUCAAAACUUUGCAUUUACUAUGCCUGUAAUAAUUGUGGCAAUGUAAAUCUAUAGAUAGAAAAUAAAAAUCAUUUUUUCAAAUAAAAAAAUGUAUUGACAAGGACAAACACGUGAGAGACAUUCUAUUAUAUGCAUUCUAAACAUAUAGGUAAUACAAAUUACAAUAUAAAAGCACGAAACUACUCAGAGUAAUAAUUUAUCACAUUAGAUGUAAAGCAUUGUGCAUAAUGUAACUUGUAAGUAUUUAAUAUUUUGAUGCGUAUAAUAUUAUGUCAAAACAUAUUAUAACAAUAUAACUAUUAAAACUUAAAAGGAAUGUCCAACGAUAAAUAGAUCUGUGGUCUUUAUAAAAUAUUUAUCAUUGAAAAAUCAAUUGAGUAGACGUAAGACACGUUUUUACAUUAAAAUCCAACGUUUAGAUUUAAUUCACUUAUAAAAAAUAAAUUCUAAACCAUAAAAAUAAGGUAUAUAACCUAAGUCAUAAUUUUGCCAUUUUGGGUGCUGUCGUUAUAAUAAUAUGUGUAUAAUUUUACUUAAAGCAUAAUAUUAUGUUAACUUUAACAACAUAACUUAUCCCUACCUAUUAAAUUAUUAUUAUACAAUUAAUAUUGAUUAUUAUACCUAUACCUUCCUUGGAAGCUAAAUUCGGUCAAUACUUAAUGAAAUAUUCAUAGUAUGUAGGCAUUGUAAAAUAUUAAUGCAUUUGACUUAUAAUUUAUAUUGAUCUUAUAGCCUUAUAGGGAGUUUAAAUUCAUGCAAAGGUGGAAGUUAUUUGUUAACCUA